AUGAACUUGGCCCAAGCCGGUGAGUAUAGAUUACUAGAGCUACAAGAGUUGGAGGAAUUGCACUUGGAGGCCUAUGAGAACUCAAGGAUCUACAAGAAAAAAUCAAAGCAUAUUCAUGAUAAAGGCCUUUUGAGAAGAGAAUUUCGUAUCGGGCAGAAAGUGUUACUCUACAAUUCUCAUCUAUCACUCAUGCCUAGUAAACUGAAAUCUAAAUGGCUUGGUCCCUUUGAGGUAAUUAAUUUGUUCCCCUAUCGUGUUCUGGAAAUCAAAAAUCUGGAAACUGGAAAGGAAUUCAAAGUGAACAGGCACCGCUUAAAUAUUUUCAAUGAAGGAGAAGUCAACUGUGUUAGUGCAAGCUUUUUGUUAGCUAUGCCUGUCAUCACUUGA